AAGCUUAUGCGUGCAUAGGGGGGACACCGUGCACUCGGCCACACACGCGUGCAUUAUAAUCGGGCCAUAGAGCUCUGUGAUCGGGCUACACACACAACUGCGCCAAACGUCUUUUGUGGCCACUCUGGAAACUUACAGUGAGAUUGUGCUAUCCAUGGGCAAACAAUAUGAUGAAAGCCCAUCAGUAAACGUCGUGUCCUUUUGUACGUGUGAAUCUAAUAACCAGUCUCGAUCAAUUCAUGCGGGGAAUUCAGCGGUGAUUUUAACGCUGUAGACGUCAACAGUUCUACGGUGAUAUUCCCCCGCCCCUUUCCUUCUUGCUCGGGAUAUUUCUGUCGGGCAGCGUGAUCGACGCUAGGUUGUCCCAGCGGGAGUUGGCGAUCUUAGCCCCGGCCGACACCCCCUUCCGCGGCUCGGUGUUGCUCGCUCACGGAACUCUAGUACAAGAUGUGCUGCUCAUGCGAUGCGGGCACGGCCGUGUUCUGUUGCAAAUACAUUCUGGUCGUCACGACAUGUAUCACAAAUUUGCUGUGCGGUUGUGCCCUUCUUGGUGUGGGCCUGUGGCUGUGCUUUGAGCCCAGUGUCCAGCAGUACGCGACGGCGUCGGGUGACUUGAAGGAAUACUACAUCGCUGUCUAUGUCAUCAUCGGCGUUGGUGGGCUGAUGAUGCUGGUGGGCUUCCUGGGGUGCUGCGGGGCCUGCAUGGAGAACACCGUCCUCCUGGGCAUGUUCUUCACUUUCUUGCUGCUGAUCUGCGUAGCUGAGGUUGGCGGUGGGAUCUGGUGCUAUCUCAACAGGGAGCAACUCAAAAGCAUUGUGGAAAAAGGCAUACUCAGCACAAUUCGGGAAGCUUACCAGGAAGAUAAUCAAGUGAUCGUCAAAGCGGUGGAUAACAUGCAACAGCAGCUGAAGUGUUGCGGAGCGGUGGGUCCCAAUGACUGGGAAGACUCUGCCUACGGCCGACUGCCCGACUCCUGUUGCAGGGGAGAAACUGAAGGCUGCACGGAGGGCAUAUCCUUCCCAAUAACCCUCUUGACGGUCUACAAUGAAGGGUGCACCUCGGCUCUGUUCAAGAUGCUGGAAGACAAUGCGGUCCUCGUGGCUGGACUUGCCAUCGGCAUAGGAGCCGUACAGCUCCUGGGCAUGCUGUUCUCACUCUGCCUGUGCUGCGCCAUCAGGAGGGCCGACAGGGAGAAGUCCUAUCCUCUCUAGACACCAGAAGCCCAUGCCAUUCCCAUGCCAGGGGGUACACUUGAUAUUGCCAUUCAAAUGCCACAGGGGUGUCAAGUUCGACUUUUUUAAUCUUCUGAUGAACUAAAGAAAGUGGUUUUUUUUUAUAGUCAAUCCGUUGAAUGGAUUGGAAUUUUACAUAUAACAGCAUUUUUAAAAACGAUGGCUUGUUGAUCAUUUAGUCAAGCCGUCAGUUGAUACCAAAAGGAAAUUCGUGUUCUUAACAAUUUCUGGAAAUGUCUGAAAAACACCUGCCCCUAACCCGAAGGGAAGCGGCACGUUACUAAACAAGCCCACUGGUACAUGAAAAUUGUUCAGUUCUUGUUCAUCAUGCCAAACAAAAGGUAGCACUCAAACAUACGUCUCCAGGUUUUUAUUGAUCUUGUUUUCUUAUUUUGACUCAGCGACCUGUAGUGGUAUUCUCAACUCUCCCAAGUCCUCUAUGUGAUGUCCUUGUACAUAAAAAACCCUGCAGUUCAUCAGAAUAAUCUAGCCUUUGUUUUCCAGGAAUGCCGUUUAUUUGGAUAAACAAAUGACACUCCAACCCUGUUAGCUAGAUUUUGUAUAUAUACAUGUACAUCAGUAUGUGGUGUCUUCUUUCAUUAGUUUUUGCUGGUCACAAACUGGCAAUUUUUAUUUCGUUCUCUUAAAUGGUACAAUGUACGUUAUUCUGUCAGGAGCUGUGGUUUACAUUGUGAUUAGGAUUCAACUUCGGGAGAUUACUUUCAUGAGGGAACAUUAAAAUUAAUAGCAGACCUUUUUUAGUGGAAAGAAGUGAUCUCUGGUCUGGUACUCUGACUUCUUCAUGCACUGCUUUGCUUAAUGCUUACUGAUCUACAGUAGCAUAGUCCCAAUGUCAUCUGCGGCUAUGGCCACUCACUAUAGCAAAAUCUGAAUCAGAAACAUAAGCCACAGCCAUAAAAGAUCUGAUUUAGAUACAGCUUCCAGAUCACAGUAACUUGCUCAUGUAUCACUGAAAGAAGAGUUUAUACGGUUUGAUACUUGCAACAGGCUUAAACAAAUGUCUGUUUGAACUAUUGUUACAUGGUCCGUUUAUUAUUUUGAAAGUUCAGAAGUUUUCCUGGAUUCUGCCCGUAUAAUCUCAAAGUAAGCCACAGCCCAUCUGAGCCCAUUUUGAUCACAGUUUAUACUAUUUAAGAAUAGCUGUUAAACGCAAAGAUCGUAUAGCGCCGCGAAGGGGCGCAAGAUGGCGAACUUCACCGUGAA